GGUAGAUGUUGGGCUUGGGAGGGAGUGCGUUCUUUGUUCCUUGUCGGCUUGUCUUUGUUUUUCUACAUCUGCUACUUGGGUCGGAAGCUGAAGAAGCAAUAUCAAAAAGCAAUCAAAGUAUUCUGGAAGAUGGAAAUAAGUAGUAGCAGCAGCAAACAACGAAGUGUGGAGUAUAAGUUGCCAUUAGGAGAAGCUGCUGCCACUUUUCAACUAGCAAAGGCGGUAUGCAGCCACGGUUUUUUCAUGACGGCCCCAAAUCAGUGGGACCCUAUUUCUCAGACCUUCCGACGUCCUUUACGUCUUGAUGAAAACGACGACGUUUCAUCAUCAUCUGUCAUUGUUGAAGUAUCUCAACCGCCUCAAUCAUCUUAUUUGAUUCUCCGUGUAUUCGAUACAGACUCCUUAUCCCCUGCACAUCAGCAGCAAUUAAUGGAUCAAGUGAGGAGAAUGUUGCGUUUAUCUGAGAUGGAGGAGAGAAAUGUGAGGGAGUUCCAUCAAAUAUAUGCUGAAGCUAAAGCAUCGUGUUUUGGAAGAAUGUUUAGGUCUCCGACGUUGUUUGAAGAUAUGGUUAAGUGCAUUCUCGUCUGCAAUUGCCAGUGGUCCAGGACUUUGAGCAUGGCUCAAGCCCUUUGUGAGCUACAGCUGGAGCUGCAGUGCUCUACAUCCAUGGAAACUGAUAAACGCACAAGUACUUCCAGUAAAAUUGCUCCUGAAACUCCUGUAGGGAAAGAAAAAAUCAAACGUAAGAUCAAAUCACAAGAAAACUCAAGAAAUGUUGCAAAGAGGUGCGCAGAGGUUAAAUCAGCUAUGGAAGCAGAAGCAACUCUAAGGGUGAAUUGUGUAAAGACUCCUAUUAGCACACACAAUGCAGAUAUUCAUGAUUUUGUUAGUGAGCCUAGUGAAAAGAGAGACUUGCCCUUUGACAACGGCAUUGGAAAUUUUCCUAUUCCAAGCGAACUAGCAACCCUUGAUGUAGAUUUCCUGGCAAAGCGUUGCAAUCUUGGUUAUCGAGCAAUUCGGAUAUUACGUCUUGCUCAAGGUGUUGUUGAAGGUAGAAUUAAUCUUAGGAAAAUCGAAGAAGAUUGUGCUGAAACAUCUAUAUCCAAUUACAUGAAGCUAAAUGAGCAGCUUGGAGAAAUUUAUGGUUUUGGUCCUUUUACACGUGCCAAUGUGCUCAUGUGCCUGGGGUUUUACCAUGUAGUUCCAUCAGAUUCUGAAACAUUAAGGCAUUUAAAUCAGGUUCAUGGAAAGAAGUCGACGAUUAAAAACAUUGAAGCAGAGAUUGAAAGGAUCUACGGGAAGUAUGCGCCCUUUCAGUUCUUGGUUUACUGGUCAGAAAUAUGGUCCUUUUAUGAAGAAAGGUUUGGGAAGCCAAGUGAACUGCCUAGCUCUCACUAUAAACUUAUAACAGCCGCCAAUAUGAGAGGCAAGGAUGGCGCUACAAAGAAGAAGUAAAACUGUUAAAAUUAAAUUACUUCUUGUAACACUGAAAUUAUACUCCAAUCCUCUUCAUUAAAAAAGUGAGUAGUUACUGUUUGGGAAGGUGGUAAACUUGAUUAUGAACCCAUAGCUAUGAACCAUCAACAUGAUGGUAUGGUGUGUGGCUGUGUGCCAUUACUUAAUGCAUCACCAAGCUGAGCCGCAAUAGCAGGCUUUAAAGGUUUUUCAAAGACAUAUUCAGGGCCGUGUAUCACAUGGGUAUCUGUAAAUCUAUGUUGCUAUUAUUAAUACUGUUUGCUGUCAUUAUGGUAA